AUUCUCAAAGUAAAUGUCAAAACUAAUUAGCACAGGAGGAAAAAAAAUAAUAUAGAAACGAAUUGUCUGGAUACUUAUUGGAUUAGUUUCACUGUCAGUAGCUUUCAGUUUGUUUAUAUUAAUGUUGGAUAAGGGAGGAGGGAUAGAGAAGAAAAUUAUAACUUGUCAAAUUGUGUAGUAUUAUUCCGAAUAUCUUUUUUUAUCCGUCUUAGCGAUUUAGGUCAUAAAUAUGAGCACAAAUCGUAGAAGAGUUGUUCGUCCUUUACUGAAUGAUGAAGGUGAUGUUCAAGAACCCAUUGUUUCCUCAACUGUUGAUAUCCCUAACCCUUACCAAGCGGUUACACAGCCAAGGAUUAUCAACAUAAGAUAUCACCCUAUUGGACUGUUUAAUCCGCAUCCUUUCUCAAGUACCUAUUCCUUUUUCCGAUCAUAAUUUUUUCAUUAAAUUAACCUGAUUUUAAUCACAAAUUGAACAUUACUGCAUUUGGUUACAGAUUUACCCACUGAUGUUACAUCUUCUGGAAAUACUCUAUCUACAUCAACAGCUUUAAUAUUUGUUCUCAUAAUUUUCGUAUGUUCUAUAAUAGCUUUGAGUCUGGUAUAUAAUCAGUUCCCUGAAUUAGAAGAACAUGAAAAAAGACAUUUAAAAUUACCAAUGAAUUUAGAUGAUGCAAAACAACUAGGUCUGGUGCUAGACCGGUACAAAGACAAAUAUUUUUAUGAAGUAUUAUUUGGAGUGUUUUUAGUGUAUAUAUUUUUGCAGACUUUUGCAAUACCAGGAUCAAUUUUUCUCAGCAUUCUUUCAGGAUUUUUAUUUCCAUUUUAUUUAGCGCUACUAUUAGUAUGUUGCUGUUCAGCAAUAGGUGCCAGUUUGUGUUUCUUUUUAUCUAAUCUCUUGGGAAAGAGACUUGUGAAAAUAUUUUUUCCUGAGAGAGCAGCACAGUGGUCUAAAACAAUUAUAAGGCACAAAAACAAUCUGCUCAACUAUAUAAUAUUUUUAAGGGUAACACCCUUCUUGCCAAAUUGGUUUAUUAAUAUGACUUCUCCUGUCAUUGGAGUACCACUAUUUCCAUUUGUAUUGGGGACAUUUAUUGGUGUGGCACCACCGUCAUUUGUUGCCAUACAAGCAGGUCAGACACUCCAUACAUUAACAUCCACUAGUGAUGCUUGGUCAUGGACAUCAGUUAUUUUCCUAAGUGUAUUUGCUUUGGUAUCUUUGAUACCAGUGCUGCUAAAGGAAAAACUAAAGGAAAAGUUUGAAUAAUGAAAAAGCUUUAGAUUAUUUGUAGUAAAUUUUAUUUAAUUUUUAUGUUAAUAUAAUUGUUAAUAAAUUGGUGUUUUGUACAUUCCCAUAUAGUUUGUUUUACUCAAUUUCCAUUUACUACAUUAAAUUAGCAAUAUGAUCCAACAUGUGCUAUAAACGUUUCAUUGCUAGAAGUUGGCUGAAUAACUGGCCUCCAAUACCACCAAUUAUACCAUACUGUAAAUAAAAAAGUGGGAAAACAUUACAUACUCAAAGUGAAAUGUUAAUAAUAAUCUUGAAUUAAAUAAGGCAAAAUUCAUUAUUUCUUACAUAAAAAAGUUUCCUUUAAUUCUACUUUUAAUGAUUUACAUUGAUGUUUACAUUCCUCAGCGGGCACAAGGUGCACAUUUCUGUCUCCACUUAGGGAUAGUAGAAAUGAAAAAGUGCAUUCUGUAUCAGGCACUUUAAAGCUUUUUUUACUUGAGUCCAUAAUGAUAAAUCUUUCUGUACUUUGACCAAAUUUUGGUACAACUUUUGGUCUAGGAAUAUAUUGUCGCAGUAUUCUUGCAAGAGGCAUGCUGUUGA